AUGGGUCAGGAGCAGUCGUACGCUGGACACGCUAGCGUAACACAAGUCAGAAGAUAUAAGGAAAAAUACGCAGACCCCACACCCUACAGGGCUUCCCCGGUCGACUACAGAUCCCACGACUACGAAGACAAAGACUACAAAAGACACAAAGUCAGACGAAGCGCUGACAGCUUCAAAAGCGACAACUCUUCAACUGAAAGCAGUGGCUACAGAAGCGGAUCCAGCGGUUACGAAUGCCGAUCCGAUAGAUCCUCAAAAAGCGAUUACUAUUGCACGUCUCUGUACAAAAACGAUCAUUACAAAGACAUCAACAAAGAACUGUAUAAACCUGUAAAGAUCUCUAAAGAUAAGAGAUAUAAAUUGCAAUUGUUCGAUGUUGAAAAGGAAGAUAUAAAGCAAGACAGAUUGAAUAGUUACUUGAAUGACGCUGAGGCUCAUAAAAAUAAUACGCAAAAGAAGGCUGGCAUAAGGAAUUACACGCCGAAGAUUUUAUCAGAGGACGAGGAGAGGAAAAAGGUUGAUAAGUGGAUUUAG